AGAUCUUCCCGCCAGCGGGGUUCUGGGCUAAGCAUGGCGGAGUCGGAGGUGAUGCUCCGGCGGGUUCCGAGCCGCUCCUCUUGGCAGCGGGUCCGCAAAGCCCGGCCCCACCUCCUCCUCAGCCGCCGGGGCCGUCGCCGGUUCGGGGUCCUGACCCGGAGCGAGCUGCGGCGCCUACGACGGCGGCUGCUGCGGGCACACACGUUGGGCGCGCACGUGGCGGUAAAGUGCAAACUCCGGGCCCGCAGCCGGCCGGCGCCCCGGAGCCCGCCCGCACCCAGCGGCCCGCCCGCGCCCAGCGGCCCGCCCGCGUCCCGCACCCAGCCCGGGUCCUGCAGCCUGCUCAAUCCCCGCAACCACUCCACGCCCCAGAGCCGAUCCGGGCGCCCCGUGCAGAAGGUGUCCCCGAACGUCACCCAACCCGCGCGGGACCUCGGCUCGGGCCGCGUGUUGCUGAUGCUGCCGCCCGGAGAGGGUUUUACUUUCGGUGGCAUCUGCCGAGUCACUUGCGUCUACGGCCAGUUGGAAAUAUACGGCCAUAUCAUCAAACAGGGGCAGCCUCCCCAAGAUGUCUUCUCUGUCUACACCCACUCUUAUCUGACCAUCAAUGGGGUUCCAUACCCAGAACCCGAGAAGAGUCAAAAGGGGAUCAGAAGGGAGAUCCGCUCCCUGCUCAAGCCUUACACGAAACUCGAUGACAGAGACUGGGUAGUACGGUACUUCCCUCCUCUGGGCUCCAUUCUGAUUCUGGAACGGAUUCAGACUCGUUUAGUGGACUUCCUCAAGACCUAUAGGUACUCCUCGUACGUGCUUCUGCAGGAGACCAUUCCUGCGCGGGUUAAUGAGGAGUUUGUAGCUUUGAGGAAAAUUGGCAUCAGAAGAGAGAAGAGGAAGAAAGGCAUCUGCUUGAGCGAGAGUGCACUUGCUGCCCUGGAGGAGUUAGUCAGCGUGUCCUGUGUAGAUGGCUGCCCUGUCAUCCUGUUGUGUGGCGCUUGUGACAUUGGAAAAUCAACGUUCAAUAGAAUACUGAUUAACCAGUUAUUAAAUAGCAUUCCUGGGGUUGACUAUCUGGACUGUGAUCUGGGGCAGACAGAGUUCACUCCUCCUGGCUGUGUGUCUUUACUCAACAUCACAGACCCACUCCUGGGACCACCGUACACCCACCAGCGGCACCCACAGAGGAUGGUGUACUACGGGAAGAUGCACUGUUACAGUGACUAUGAGAAUUACAUUGAGAUAGUAAAGUACGUGUUCAAAGGUUACAAGAGAGAGUCCCCUCUUAUCAUCAACACAAUGGGUUGGGUGACAGGUAAAGGGAUGCUGCUGCUUGUUGACCUGAUCCGAGUCCUGUCCCCCAACUAUGUCAUUCAGCUGUAUUCUGAUCGGAAUAAAUUAGUACAAACUCUCACCUCCGAAUACGUAGAGCUCACAGAUGGCCUGUAUACAAAAAGCAAGAUCAGGAGAUACCGAGGUCUUGAGAUUCCAGAAUUUAGAGACAAUUUGGAAUUUAAUGAUGACGAGAAAGAGUCUAGCCCAUUUCCAGUCUUCACUGGGCAUAUACUGUUAACUGUCUAUUCGGAAUUCUUAAGCAGUAAAAAUGAGAAAAACAGAAUCAAAUACAACAAGAUUUUUCGAGAUCUGGCAAUGCUAGGUUACCUCAGCCAGCUGAUGCUGCCAGAGCCAGAGCCAAAGCCGCUUAGUCCUUUGCACAGCCUGACGCCCUAUCAGGUCCCCUUCAGUGCAGUUGCUAUCCGGGUCAUGCACGCCGACGUCGCACCUACCCACAUACUGUACGCUGUGAAUGCCAGCUGGGUCGGCCUCUGCAGGAUUGUGGAUGACAUGAAAGGCUACACUCAGGGCCCCAUCCUGCUUGCCCAGAGCCCCAUCUGUGACUGUUUGGGCUUCGGGAUCUGCAGAGGCAUCGACAUGGACAAGCGGUUCUUCCUCAUCCUCACACCUCUGCCUCCAGAGGAGCUAAAAACUGUGAACUGUCUGCUGAUUGGCUCCAUCUCCAUUCCACAUUGUAUUUUCAAGAACCAGCCUGGGCCGGAAGGGGCGCUUCCUUACGUCACCAAAGAUUAUAAGUUACAUAUUCCUGGUGCAUCAAAGAAAAUUGGAGGAAGGGCGUAUGGAAACGCAGUUCCUAGACACAAAUUACGGCCAAGAAGAAAAUAAAGCCUGGGUGUGGAGAGAGACUUUCCUACCUGGACACCUGUCCCCAGGCCGUCAGCAGACUGAGAAGUCCAGGUGGCUCUUGGGCUCCUGCUCAUGCCCACGGCUCAUGGAACUGGAAACUGCUGUGGGCAGUCAUUCAAGGCCCCUCCCCCCUCCCCCGUGUUCUUCUCCAAGACGGGGCUCCUAUCAUACAGUUCAGACUGGCCUCAAACUCUGGGUCCUCGCGUCUCCACUGUCCAAGGCCGUUAUUUCAGGCCUGUGUUGCCACACUAGCUCUGAGGCUUCUAAGCUGUUUGGUAUCAAAUUUGCUCCACACCUCUUGACUGGUUGUCCCUGGCAUGAGGAGUGCUUCCUGAGAACUGUAAACCAGUGAAGAAAGCCGUGAUGUCCUCAGAACAGGAGGAGGAAGGACAGACGGACGGCCUUUCUGUUCUCCAAGAAAAUCAGGGCCACAAAGGACUUCCUAGAAACCAGGCGGCAGGCUGGCCCACCGGCUCUCGGUGUAGCGCCAACUGCUUGGGGCCUAAGCAGGUCAUCGGACGGGAGCAGAGGCCUGCAUUGAACCAGGGGGACUUUUGAUGCCAUCCCAUCUCCCAGUGUAAGCAAGGAUUGGAGGAUUGUAUUUCAUGAUAAUUUCUGGGUCUUUUUAAUCAUGAGGCUUUAUGUUGAAGAACUUGCUCUGUCAUCCAGAAACCCUCUGGGUUAAUUAUGGAAACCAUGGCUCCUUAAGCCUGGGUGUGCUCCCACCGCCUGUGGACACACGCAUGCCUGGCUUGGGCAGACAGUCGCUAUCAAGGAUUUCUUCUAAGGACCCAGAGGCCACUGCAGGCAGUGUUGUCAUCAGGAGCGACUAGGUCCGGUCAUGUUUGUGGUUGCAGAGCAGGAUGCUAAGGCGCCUCUCAGGCCACCAUGAUGUGUCUGUCACCAGCCAGCAGGAUCAUAGAGGACCAAGGCUGUGGAGGCUCGCACCACUGCUUGUCUCCAUCUUGUCUGCUCCUGAUCCUCUUCGGGCCCAGUUGCCUCUGCCCUGCAGCAGCCUCACCCUCUGAAAAAUCUGUUAAGAGGCAGAGCUGCUCUUCCUGCCUGGUCUCUGCAGGGUUCCCUGACUAGGCCCCGCCUCUCCCCCAGCCCCCAGUUCCUGUCUUACUGGAGCUUGUGGUGAGCCUUUCUGGGAGCGAAGGGGCUCUUACCCUGCUGCCCAGGCUGGUCUCUGGGCUCCUUUGAGUUGAUUCUCCUGCCUCUGCUUCCUGAGAGCUCAGAUCACAAGUAUGUGCCAUCUUAGUCUUGCAAAGAGUUUUAAGACAGCCUUUGUCACCUCAGAUCGUCCUGUCUUCACAAUAAUAAAGACCCUGAAUACA